GAAGGAAUGGAAGCAAAAACAAAGACGACACACUAAGGACUUGGACCGCACACUAAUGAGGACACAUUCAUUUCAAGGUUUUUUCCAUGGCUGGUCUCAACAACAGCUGCACUUUCUUGGACGACUUCUUGAAACGUUACUACCUGUCAGCCUCUUAUGGCAUCAUCUUUAUCGUGGGUGUGAUCGGGAACUUAACGUCCAUCAGCAUCUAUCUGACAAAGCUGCGCCCGUGGAAGAGCAGCAGCAUCAUCAUGGUCAACCUGGCGCUUACGGAUCUCCUCUACGUCCUCACCUUGCCCUUUUUGGUCUACUACUACAGCAACGGGGAAUCGUGGAUGCUUGGAGACUUCAUGUGCCGCUUUGUGCGUUUUGCCUUUCAUUUCCACCUGUACGGAAGCAUCCUGUCCCUGACCUGUGUGGCGGUUUUCCGUUUCUUGGUGGUGGCCCAGCCGCUGAGGGUGGCACAGCUGCAGCAGAAGCAUUGGGGCGCUGCUGCUUGCCUGGUAGUCUGGAUUGUUGCUGCUGCUGAGGUCACACCAAUGCUCACUAUCAUAUCUCUGACCCAUGAUGAUAACAACAUGACCUUUUGUGUUGACUUUGCUAACACAGAAACAGACGGCAGCAUUAGGAUGUAUAACCUGUUGCUCACUGCAUUUGGGUUUGCUCUACCCUUAGUGCUGGUGUUCAUCUUCUACAUUGGGAUUGUUAAACGGCUCGCCAGGGGAUCCAGCCCCACCUCUUCCUACAGGAUGCGUGCGCGCCGUGUGACCAUCCUCAUCCUGCUGGUGUUUGUCAUGUGCUACCUGCCUUAUCACAUCUUGCGAGUCCUGUGGGUAGAAAUUCGAAUGAGCUCUACAACCCAGUGCACAAAGUACAUAGUGCAUGCAGCGUACAUUAUCUCCAGGCCUCUAGCAGGACUUAACACGUUCUUUAACCUGGCUUUGUACACCCUCUCAGGUGAUAACUUCAGGAAGGCCUUUCUGGACAUUUUUUGCCGGGAGCAAUGGAUCAGCAAGGCAAGAUCUCUGCUCCACCUGAACAUUAAUAACCGAGCAGAGAAUGGGACGCCUGCUGCAUGA